AUGAUGAUCCCAGUCCCAGACGGUUACGGCAACAUCAUCGCCGUCGCCCUCGGCGCCAUCCCAGUGCUCGGCUUCGUCCACGGCAUCAUCACUGGCAUCAAGCGCAGAGCUGCCGGCAUCCCCUAUCCUCACAGCUAUGCCACUAUCGAACAAUGCAAGGCCGACCCCAAAGCCGAUGCGUUCAACUGCGCCCAGCGAGCCCACACGAACUACCUUGAGAACGCACCACAGACGAUGCUGCUCACUCUCGUUGCUGGACUCAAGUAUCCUGCCGCCACGACGUUGAUCGGAGCUACAUGGGUGGUGAUGCGCGUGCUGUUCUUGUACGGAUAUGUCUACUCCGGGCAGGCUGCGGGAGCCGGACGGAAGUACGGUGGCGGCUUCUGGUUCGCUCAGAUGGCGCUCUGGGGCAUGACGGUGUUUGGCGUCGCAUUGCCCAUGAUGCAAGCUCCUGCUUCCCCAUUCUAG